AUGUCUGACUUGAGCUUGGGUCCAGUUGAAGUACACAAUAUCAAGACUUCAUGGUCAAGAACUGAUCAGGAUCAAUUUUUCCAAAGAUUAUAUCCAAACUUGUUUGAUCAAAACAGAUCAUUGCGUCAACUUUUCCACAAUGACGAGUUGGUGAUUCGUGAACAUUCAAACAUAUUUGCUGACUUGUUUAGUUUUAUCGUUGAUAAUAUUGAAGAUGGAGCUUUGUUGGAUGAGUUUUUGUACCAAUUUGUCAAGGAAAACCAAAGAUUUGCUGAAACCGCUGUCAAGUAUUUGGAGCCCAUGGGAAAUGCCGUAAUUACGUCGUUUAAACAAGUGUUGAAUACUCAUUGGACAAGUGUUUUGGAAUUGGUUUGGAUCAAGGUCUAUGUCUUCAUUGCUAAUUCAAUUUUACUGUUGGUGGAUGACAUUCCUAGCGAGGCUAGCUCUAUCAAUGAAGACGAGAUUCCACCAUUGAAUAUUCAAAGAAACUUGUCGAGAACCACUUCUCGUGAUCAAAGUUCUGCUACUACUGCUGCUGCUGCUGCUGCUGCUGCUGCUUCAGUCGAGUCUCCAGUCAUGGACUCUGUUCCAACUCCACAAACACCAUCUACUCCUGUAAUGGAUUUCGAUGUGAGGCCAGGUAAGUCUCAAGAACCAUCGCUUUUAAACAAACACAAUUCAAUUGAAAUUGACUUGAAAGCAAAUGCAAAAUACAAAGGUUUCAGAAGAUCAGUUGAUGUUGCUCAGUCACCAAUUCAAGUGCCAAUCCCAACUGCAGAUAGUUUCCAAAAAGUCCACCAAGCAGGUCUUUCAUCAUCAUUGAAGUCGUUAGUGUCAACCCCACUUGAAGAGAAUAAAGGAACAUUCAAAGCUCCAAGACCUGCUUUUGAUCCAAGAAGAAAAAGAAAUUCAAUGUCUCCAUCUCCAGUAUCGUCACCAGCAAAGUCCUUACCUUCUACUCCUCGUUUGUCUUCGAUUGUCAACAAUUCAAAGUUCACUAGUGAUGAAGAUGACCAAGCUGCUGAUUCAGAUGUUGAUGAAUAUGCUACACCAAGAGCAAGCAGAAGGGGAUCAUUUUCUGAAAGCUACAAACCUUCAGCUUCGUUGUUUAACAAGUUACAAGGUGGCGAACAAUACCCUGAACCACAGAUUGAGGAUGAUGAUGUUGCUUCAGAAGAUUCGAUUGAGGAUCUUCCCUUUGAAAGAAGAAGGGUUGGUGAUAACAAUAAAGCUGUUGAAAUCCCCUCGCCUGAAUCAUCAGAAGUUGACGAACAAGAAGAAGAAGAGUUUAUCUACAAGCAACACAAGGAUGUAUCAAACUCAAUCCCAGAAAGGUCUUUGAGUAGAGGUGGGUUGACUGGUGGCACUUUUGACUACCAAUCAUUUGGCUUGAAAGGAUUGGCACCAAUUGUGGAAGACGAUGACCGUUCGUCGAAAUAUGAUUCUGAAGAUGACAACAAGUUGAACACAAGAAAGUCAAGCUCUGGUUCAAGUUGCGGGGAAUCAGACUCCAGGUCUAGUUCAUUGUCGUUGCACCAUUCGGAUUACAAAUCUUCAAUCUCAUCAGGUGUCGACUCAUACAACAUGGUUAAAGGAGCCGGUGUUCACACAAGAAACACCUCUGCAGAAUCAGAUGACUUUCAAUUCUUCACACCGGCAACCAAGUCUCACCAAUCACACACAUCACAAGCUCAACAGCAAGGACACAAGAGAGAUACAUCAAUGUACUCACUUAGUAAGAGUUACUCCGCUUCUGCUUUAUCUGUAAACUCCAAUUCGAGAGCUUCGUUGGGAUUCAUGAGGUCUUCAUUUGUGUUAAAGAAGGAGGUUGAACAAAAUGGCUACAAUUAUCCAGAAAAUGUUGGUCCUAUCUCGUUACCAUCAACACCAAGGGUUGGUAGUCCACCAACUUUGAGUAAUACUUUGAAGUCACAGCAACAGCAACAGCAACAGCAACAGCAACAGCAACAGCAACAGCNAUGUACUCACUUAAAGGAGGUUGAACAAAAUGGCUACAAUUAUCCAGAAAAUGUUGGUCCUAUCUCGUUACCAUCAACACCAAGGGUUGGUAGUCCACCAACUUUGAGUAAUACUUUGAAGUCACAGCAACAGCAACAGCAACAGCAACAGCAACAGCAACAGCAACAGCCAUUGUAUGUUCACAAGGCUAGGUCAGCAAUGUCACUUAAAUUGAAAAACAAUAAUGACAGCAUGCAAAGCUUUGUUUCUGCCAAUGACAACUCAUACGAUUUGGUUAAUGCUUUUGUCACCAACUUGGAGUCUAAAAAUCAAUCCACGACCAGUGUCAAUUCAAAGCAAAGUGCACCAGCCAAAAAGAGUGGGUUCUUUGGCAGGGUUAGCUCAUUGUUUUCAACAAAGUCUACCAAGUCUACAAACUCGACACCUAAAUCCACACCAAAAUCUACCCCAGCACCAUCAAGGAAACAAUCUAUUGCUAUAAUUCCUCACUCCGUCCCAUAUGGAGACUUGGCUCACAUCCCACCACCACCAAAGAUGACCUCACACUCAUCAGGAACCGUCAUGUCCAAGUCCGAUUCUGGUUGCUCUGCAUCAUCGUCAGCUGGCUCAACGAGGAAGUCAUCUACAUUGUUUACACCAUACGCUGAACCAUCUGUAAGUGCUAGCUCAACCAACUUGUCAUCAAUGACUAGCACCAGUGCUUCCUUGUUUGCUCCAAACACUAACAAUUCUGGUCGCUAUAAGAGUGCUGCUUCAAAGCAUGACUUGACUUCAGUAUAUUCCAAUGGAACCUCGGGUACUAGAGUCAGCGUGUUUAGAAAGAAGGAUCAUGGUGAGCCAAGAUAUGUUCCUCCACCAACUAAACACACGAGGAAAGGUAACAAGUACAAUGUCAAGAAAGUGCCUUACAAUGUCUUUGCCUAG